AUGGCUCCGAGAAGAAAAGUCCCGGUCGAGGAUCGCCCUAUCUAUGAACGCGCACCCUGGACGAGAGAUCCGGACAAAGUGACACGGCGAAUACAAAGAUGGAGAGCGAAGAAGUGGUUCGACGCCACUGCUGAAAUGUUUGCUUUGUCGAAACCCAGGGCUGGAAACGACGAUCGCGAAGACGUGUUUUGGGAAUGCACCGAAAUGUUGGGUCGUGGAUCAUUCGGGAUGGUAGGAAAAUGGACCAAGUUCGAUUCUAGGGGAAACGCUGUUGAGCAUAUCGCCAUCAAGCAAGCAGAGGUCAUUUCAAAUUACGACGUCGACAGGAGAGGUAACUUUGACGUUCCUUGGGAAGCACGGAUCAUGAUGGAACUCUACGACCAAGGGUGCGAAAAUGUGACGAGACUGAAAGGGUUGAAGCUGUUCCCUAAAGGCGCUCAGUCGCGGAACUGGAGGUACUAUGUCGAGUACUACAAGUACGGCACCUUGCAUGGUUUGAUCGACAAUUACCUUGCGUAUAACAGGGGGAACCCUAGGUCUCAGAAGCGGGUUCCAGAGGAGUUCAUUUGGCAAGCGUUCCAUGAACUGGCCAGAGCUACUUAUCAUAUGCGCACCGUCAAGUUUGGUGAGAAUUUUGCUCCGCCAGGAAACGAUCAGUGGAUCCUUCAUUUGGAUUUGAAGCAUGAAAACAUUCUUCUUGGUACCGCACCCGCAGACGAAAGGUACAUGCCUUACCCAAGUUUGAAGGUCGCGGACUGGGGGAUGGCGGUGUGUACGAGCCGGCAAGAUCCAAGCAAUAGUGUCGGCUGGAGUCGACAUGGCACAAUCUGUUGGUUUCCGCCUGAACAACGAGACGACGGACGCUACGGCCGUAACUGGCGACGUCCCACGUUUGGAUCACGGUACGAACCUUACGAGAUGUCCCAUGUGAUAUGGCAGGUCGGCGCAAACAUGUACGGACUGAUGUACCUUGACCGGCACAACCGCGACAUUGACGAACAGAUCGACCGGCACCGACGCAUGGAGGAGGAGCUCAGGAAAUGGGACUAUUCCAUCUUCCGGGGCCUGAAGAGUGGCGUGUACAGUCCGAAAUUGACGGCCCUCGUCGAGGAUUGCCUUCGCGUCGAUCCCCAGAGAAGACCCAGGGUGAGGGAACUGGCCCAGCGUACGAGGGAAGGCCUGGCGCCGUAUCUGGCGAGGUGGCGGCAGACGGGACAGUGUCCCGGUUUGUUGGUCAAUACGGUUUAG